CCCCAGCCCCCUCCUCAUCCUCCGCACCGUCCUCCUCCCCUCCGAUCCCCUCGAGCACCCCCGACCCCCCGAGACUCUCUCUCCCCCUCUCUCUCUCUCUCUCUCACACGACUGUGCAACCUCCCCUCUGCCCAACAUGGAUCCAGCACUUUUACAGUCCCAGCCAUCCCUCCAUCCUUCUCCCCGUGACUCUGUCAACCCCAACUCCCUCUCCCCGACUGCUACUGCACAGCCUCCCACUACCACAGUCACCGCCCCGCAGGCCCAAGCGCCCCACGCUGGGUCAUUGCCCGACGCCGACUCCAAACCCUCUCAGCAGCAGCCUUCCCAUGCCAUGGAAGAGGAUGACAUGUCGGACGGCGGCGCAGACGGUGCAAAACGUCCCCGUCUUCGCCUCGCACACGCAUGUGACCGGUGUCGCAAACGCAAGAUUCGCUGCGACACCCAGCAGCCAUGUGGUCCAUGCUCGGCGACAAAGAACGAGUGCACUUUCAAUACGCCAAGCCGUCGAGUGGCCAAGCCCAAGCCCAGCUCGAGGUCUUCCUCAGCCACCGGCUUGAAACGCCCCCAUUCACCUUCUCGCGGAAGCUCCAGCUACCAGGCUUCCCUCGAGGCUCGACUCGCAACACUCGAGUCACUUCUUCGCGAUGUGCCCCCCAACGUGCACAAUGCAUACCUCUCGACUCUGGAUGCCCGCCUUGGAUCGGGGCAGGGCGUGGGCAUUACCCAGGGCAAGGGCGACGGUGUCGGUGUCGCCGCUGAAGCCCUGAUAGGUGGUGGGCCAACGCUCAGCGCCGCGUCCUUUAGCCCAGCCUUUGGGCUCAAGAACGAUGCUGCAUUCUCGACUCCUUGGGCCACCAACUCGGCAAUCGCCGGCUCGUGGGCAGGCGGUCGCGGUCUUCGCCGACGAGACGAGCGCGCCAUGGACGACAUGGCUCGCCGCAUGGAGAACCUCAGCUUUUUCUACGAGGACGAGAUUGGCCAGGCCAAGUGGCAGGGCGCAACUUCGGGUUUUCCUCUACUCGAAAUGUUAACCGCGGCAAAGGCCGGCGACGAGGACGACGAGGAAGACUCGUCUCCGGCCUCAAUAGAGGUGCGGCCAACGCGCUCUGGCCCCUCUCCGCCCCAGCGCGCAGGCCGCGUCGACAGACGAGCCAGCUCCGUUGGCGGCGGCCGCUCACAUUCCAAAGCACGCUCCUCCAGUGCCCACAGCACCAAGAGGGAGCGCUUCUUUCCUGACCGUACUCCACGCCCGCACCAGACACUCAAUCCCGAAGCCAGCUGGAAGGUCAUCACCGGCGUCAUCCCUCCGGACCUGAUGGACACGCUCGUGCGGUGUUACCUCUCGACGAGUCACCUCCUCUGGCCCUUCCUGCACGUCCCAUCCUUCCUCGCAGAUUACGCCAACCCCCAGCAGUGGGGCGAGCCCGGAUUCGCCUGCUUCAUCGUCGCCGUGUGCACGCUCUCCUCGCGCCAUGUCGAUGACCCCCGUGUCCGUGCCAACCCCGCCGAUCCCUCAACAGCCGGCAAGCAGUACUUUGAGCUGUUCAAGCGAUUGCGCGACCUUCCCUCGGCCGACCGUCCAACUCUCUACUCGAUCCAGGCCGCGUUCCUAGCCGCGAUCUAUGCCUUUGGCCUGGGCAACCUCAGCAAGGCGUUCGCACUUCAGGCAGAGAGCGUCACGCUCUGCCUCGACGGCGGAUUACACCGCAGCGUUGACGCCUACGACCACUUCAAUGCUGUCGAGCGCGAGACUCGCAAACGCACGUUCUGGUCCAUAUACGCCUGGGACAAGCAGUCGGCGGCGCUGUUUGGUCGCCCUCCAAUCAUCCACCUGCGUGAUUGCGACGUCGACGAACCGCUAAUCAUUGACGAUGACAACCUCACCACUGAGGGUGCCAAGGAACAGCCGAACCCCGAGACGAGCAGGCUCUGCGCCUUUGUGGCUGCGAUUCGGCUGCACGUUGUGCUCGAGGGCGUGAUCGACUCGUCGGUCCAGGCCUCGGCCUUCCCAGCCGGUUCUUUCCUCGCACAGGCCUCGUCCGUUAUCGCACACAGAGCGCCCCAGAGCGAGUCGCUCCGUGACGAGGAGGCUCUUUUGGAGGAGUGGAGCCGCAUCCUUCCCAGCUACUGGAACUAUGACUCGGAGACGACCAACUCGCGGGAUCCAAUCCGCAUCACUCAGGCCGAACGUUUGCAUUGCCUCGAGCAUCUCGUCAAGAUGAUCAUCUACCGUCACCGCUUCUCGGGCUUUGUGCUCCAACCGGCCGCGACAGUCGAGGAACGAGCGCGUCACCUCGAGUGGUGUAAGCGCGCCAUGCAGUGCGCCUUGACGAUCAUUGCCGACCACGUCCACAUUAGUCAGCGCGGCAUGAUGACCUACUACGGCGUCCACGUCAUACACCAGCUCGCACAGGCGGGCCGCACGCUCGUUGCGGUUGUGUUGAACUGCAAGAACCCCGAGUUCCGCCCACUGAUAUCGCCAUCCAUCGAGGGCCUGCGUUCGUGCGUCGGUCUCCUUCGUCGUUUCAGCGGCCGCUACCUGUGCGGUCUCCGAUCCGCUGACAUCAUUGACGAGUUCUGUCGAGUGUGUAACAUUCCACUCGACUCGCCUCGCGUUCCGGACUCGGCGGGCCGUCCCUCUCCUGCUUGGCUGCGCCCCGUCCGCAAACGCGCCUCCCUUUCACCCGCACCUUCCGCCUUGCGCUCCUCGCGAGUGGCCGAGGAUCUCCCCUUCAUUGGGCAGAACCUCGACCUUAUGGGGGCUCAGCCCGACCUCGGGCCGAGUGGCAUGCCAACCGACCUUGAGUCGCUGUUCAACACGUCCGAGUACUUUGACAUUGGUGCCAUGGACAUGUCAUCGCCGAUGCACAAGUCGAACAUGGGCGCGACUCCAGCGGCCAUCAACCCGUUCGGCUUGGGAGAGCCGUCCGCGCCUUUUGACCGGCUCGAGACCCUCUCGCCCAACGAGAACCUUGGCGGCAUCGCGACGGUGCUUCAGCAGCAGCAAAAUCUCCAUCAGCAACAGGCGCAGGCGUUCAUAAACACACAGGCUAUCAACGGGUCCGCCAUGGAGGGCAUCCAGCUCAACGGGAAUGGUGACCUGGGCAACGGCGAUUUGUCGGGCGACAACAAGUCAUCUCAAGGACUCUCCGCCGCGACUAUCCUGAGCCUCCUCGAGGAAGGCACAUUUGAUUACGGCUCCAUCUUCACCGACCAGGCCCCGCUCAACGAUUUUUCGUUCAACCCCGACAUGAUCUCUGAGAACGGACCGAACUCGACCGGCCGUUAGGCGCUUCGGCUGGCCGAGAAAAACACGUAUCGUGUCGUCACGUCGCUCCUCAUGCUCGGUAUCUUACCGGUCUGGCUUACGUCGAUGGUGACGGCAAGACGCGAUCGUGCGAGCAAACUUGCUGCUCCAAUGUAUCGCGUAUCGCCGAGAUUCCCAUGGAUUGUGCCCAGUCUCAUUGCCCCAUCAGUGUCCAUCUAAUGUUUUGAGUAGUCGUGUAAGUCGGGGAGCAGUGGGGCGGAUCAGACUAUGUAAACACCACAUGUAAUAGUGUGCCAGGGA